UCGCCUCUCGGUAAAGACGUGUGUGCAAGCCGCCAUUUUCCGGCGAACGUGGGUUUUCCGAUCCGCAGCGGUUUUUGGCAGUCAUUCAGAUCCAUGAUAAUGGACAUUUCCACUAUCGGUGUAAUUUUUUUAUGCAGAUUUUAGUGAUGCAGUCCGAAAUUCGGUGGGUCAAAUUGAGCAAAGCGUUAGCAGUGCCACAGCGCCGAUGACUAGCCUAGCUUCGAGAGGAGUGGACGACGAGCAUGGCGAACGCUACCGACGCGUACUGCGUGCCCGGCGCCACCAACUUCAACAAGGCUUACAGUCGGCUGCACGGCUACAUCGCCCUGGUCAUCUGCAUCGUCGGAUCUGCCACCAACUCCAUCAACAUCGCCGUUCUCAGUCGAAGAGAAAUGACCAGCUCCACCAACUCCAUCCUCACUGGACUGGCCGUAGCAGAUCUUCUAGUCAUGUUAGAAUACAUACCCUACGCCCUGCACAUGAACAUCAAAAUUGGACCUCAAGUUAACAAGAACACGUACGCGUGGGCUGUUUUCGUUUAUUUCCAUUCCAUAUUCAGCCAAACAUUUCAUACGAUCUCAAUAUGGUUAGCUGUGACGUUAGCGGUGUGGCGGUACGUCGCGAUCGCCUUUCCACAGAAAAACAGGACUUGGUGUAGCAAGAAAAACACUACAUUAGCAAUAGUAAGCGCAUAUAUUAUGUGCCCUUUUCUGUGUCUUCCUAUUUAUUUUGCAAUGAAUAUAGUGCCCAGUGAAGUGACUCCACAGAACAAUUCACAAUUUGCUGAAGACCUUUCCUUGCCACAAAAUCGGACCGUGUACGUGCUAGAAAUGUCUAAAAAUGUAGAAUUAGUUACGGCAAUAAUGUGGAUCUACAGUGUGAUUCUCAAACUCGUUCCAAGUAUUGCGCUUUCGAUACUUAGUACGUGUCUAAUAUCAAAGUUGACGACGACGGAGAGAAAACGGCAGAAGCUACUCAAACGAUCAACAGUUGGUCCCAAUGAGCCAGAGAAACAAUGCCUAGCGGAGGAGGCGUGUGCGCGACGUGCGAGUAGAACUGACCGCACCACUCGCAUGCUUCUCGCCGUACUUGGACUCUUCUUGUCCACGGAGGUGCCUCAGGGGCUACUGGGUCUAGCCAGUGCCCUCGCUCCGGACUUCUUCAAGAGCUGUUACAACAUGUUUGGUGACCUAAUGGACGUGCUAGCGCUGUUCACGUCGUCAGUAAACUUCGUGCUGUACUGCAGCAUGAGCCGGCAGUUCCGCUGUACCUUUGCCCGACUGGCGCGCAGGAUGCUGUCGGCUGCCGAAGAACCCGCUAAGUUCGCCACCAAACUCGAGCCCACCACGCAGGUCACCGGGCCGCUAUAGCGACAAAUACCCGCCCUGAUUAGGGUGGUCGAAGAGAGUAUUAUAUGAAUAAGGUACUCAUCACGUGCUCUCUAAAUAUUGAAUAAAUAAUGGACUUUGUAAUAACAUUUUAGAAAAUAAACGUAAAAUUUGUAGACUAUGUUAAGGUUAAAUUUAUAUAAGUAGAAAAAAUUAUAUAAGUACUUACUGUACCUUAGUAUAUAUUUACUAGUUUUUGCGUCUUGAGCCAUGACGCAAGAACUAGCAUUUGGCAAUUAAUUGUAGGCAAUUGUAUAGAAAAAUAUUAUAUCUUUGUGUUAUGAUUUUGAAUCACUAGAUUUUUUUAAUUCUAGGGUCCAAAAAGUGAUUUCAUUAAUAAAUUUGGAUAUAUAAAUAAACGAAUUUAAUUCUCUAAUUGAUGUAAAUAUUGCAUUUAUAAAAGAUAAGUAUGUACAUUGCAUCUUAGUUUAUAAUGUUUGAAAUAUAUAAUUGUAUAAAGAUGUUCAUUAUUCCUUUAAAUUUGUUAAUAUGUAUUGGCAUAACUUAGCUACAAUUCUUGUACGUUUUACAUUAUAAAAAAUCUUUUAUCAAAUAAAAUGUAUCAUA